UCUGCAUGUUUUUGAGACUCUCGCCAUUGUUGCAUGCGUCGGUGUGCUUCUCGCAAACACUCAUGCUGUGCACGUCUCUGUGACGCAUAAUUGAACCACCACUUUGCACGCUGCUUUCGACCCCCGCCCAAUUCGCGGCCCGGGGUGCCCACGCAGUGGGUGCCCCUUACUCGGAAUCGUGGAUGGUCUGUAGAGCCGCAGCUGCCGUGUAACCAGACAUAUGGGUUCCCUACCCCGACGACUGAUGAUGCACAACAGCGACCUGGAGGACUCUGAGGACGAGAUGGAGGCGCCCAAGCCGAAGAAGCAGCCCAAGGCCAAGCCCAAGGGGAAGGCGGGCGGCAAGCCGGCAGCGGCGGCAGGCAAGGGCAAAGAGAAGAAUGACAAGAAGGCACCAGCCGGCGCCAAGGGGGGCCGUCCCCCCAAGAAAAAGCAGGACGCUGCGAAGAAGCGCAAGAAGGACUCAAGCAGCGACUUUGAGGACAGCGGCAGCGACCUGCCGGACUCUGAUGAAGAGGAGGACUCUGAGGACGAGAGGAGGCCAGCCAAGCAGAAGAAGCAGGCCAAGGCGAAACCCAAGGGGAAGAGGCGCAAGAAGGACGUCGACUCCAGUGACGACAGCAGUCUGUACGAUCAACAUUGGCUAGUCUCCAAAAUGUUAUCCAGGUCGGUCCACCUCACGCACGCCACACCACAUAACCUCACGAUAUCUAUCACUGUCUUGGUGUGAGGUGUAGGUGGUGGUAUAUGACGCCCGACUGGCCGCCCGAGGAUUUCGACUACGACGGCGUUCUGCGGAAGCUGAAGCUGCGUCGCGUGGAGGUCGACGAGUGGGAGAACGCAGAGGACUGCGAGGAGGGAUACACCAAAGUCUACGAAAUCAAACACUACAGAGGUGAGUGGGUGAGGUAACGCUCACUCAAACACCUUUGUCCUGCCCUUGUCAGUCUCACCGCGUUUGAGUUUGUCGCCCUUCGUCUUGAUCUGUGGGUUAGCGCCCUUCUUGGCAACAUGAACAGAGACACACACCAGCAGAUCCACAUCCACGCUGUCUUCUGUGUGGUGCCUUGCAGCCGGCCGAUCAAAUCCCAUCGCAAACUGACUAUCGUGACACUCAUGUGAGAACACAAAAUAGCAGCAGAGUGACCAUACGAGCGAAAGGAGAAGUGCGUUUCACUCCGACACAAAGUCGGUUUCUAAUGAGAACGAAUUCUUUUUUGUGUGUGCGUGUUGCCUUGCCUCUUCUGUGCUCACUCCUCGAAGAGUGUGCUCAGAAUGCAUCUGUGGAUGAGCGCCCACGUGACAGACAGAGACACGACUCCCAAGUAAUUGAUCACAUGGUGUUGUUUGCUCC